UUUUAUUUUCUUUUACAAAUGGGUGCAAUGGAGACUCUUCCAGAAGAGUUGGUGAUUAUCAUAUUUCAAUAUUCUAUAGAAAACGUAAAAGAUUUGUUGAUACUUGAGAAAGUCUGUAAAAAGUUUCAAAGGAUAGCCAAUAACUUGUAUCUGUGGUAUUACUUGUUUAAAGAAAUGUAUCCAAACUGGUCAUACAAUAUUGGGUUUGGAUAUAAUAAACAACCAUUGAUUGAUUGGAAGAAAUAUUUGAUUCAACUAAGUAAACAGAGCAGAGAUAUCAAUAUAGAACCAAUGUCCUUUAAAGGUCAUCAAUUACAAGAGCCUUUCGUUUUCGACGUAAACCCAAUGACUCAUGAAGGUAUUAUUGGAUUAUCAAUACAUACAGUAGAUGAAUAUAAAAUACUAUUUUUUAAUUAUCCUUCUUAUGAACUAAUAAGAGAGUACAAGAUACAGCAUCAUCAUCAACAUCACAAUUUAUUAUCCUAUCAACUCAUGGGCAUGCAGACUAUACGCUACAAGCAACAGAGCGUGAGAUUAUUUUGUGUGGUAAUUAGUAGAUCAGCUGUAUUUGAAGAAGAUGACGAUGAUAUCGAUAGAUUGAAUAUAUGGCAAUCUGUCAUCAUUUAUACACUCCAUGAUAAUGGUCAUAUCGAAUGUCUAGCAAACGUAGAUAAUCUUGACGAAUAUCAAUUCAUGGGAAGAGACAUAUUCUUUUUUUCAGCGUCUGAUACCAAUAUUCAAGUGGACAAGUGGUUAGAUGUUUUAAAUAAACCACAUCACUCAGACAAUAUAUAUAUGCUUGCAUUUGGUCCUAGCUUGCGUCUCAAUGUUGGCUAUGGACAUAUUAUACAGUUCAACUUGGAUGAACCCAUUCAAGAUCCCUUGUUUUCAUCAUCAAUGACAAUGACAACUCAAACAAAUACAGCAGUAUUACUAUACACGGUGCGCUUAGGAGUACGAGUGAGCUGUAUGAUUCAUUUUCGACAUUAUUCACAACUCAAUCAUCUCGUCUGUACCGGACACUUUGAUUCGAAUGAACUCAAUAUAUACGAUUGGCGAUUUGGUGUCAAAGUAGGAUCAGUGCCCUGGGCUAAUCAUGCUCAACCUUGGGGGUUCGAGUCCACUUGGGUUGUUCUGCCUCAAGCUGACCAUUGUCAAGAUUUAUCAAUGUAUGGUCUACGGCUGGUAGCUGUGGGUGAUAUUCAGCAAGAUAAUUCAUUUGAGAUCAGGCUAUUGGAUAUAUCACAUCUAUUAAAAGUAGAUUGGGAUCCAUUUAGACGUGAUCAAUAUGAGCAAGUGGAUGAGCAACAGGAUAUGCCCUAUCUCUACAGUUGGUGGAAUCAUAAGCAUACAGAAGGAUUAAGACGAAUUGUGCUAGACAAUAUAUUGCCAUACGACAGCAAUGCAAGUGUAUUAUGUGUACAUAGAUUGGAUAGAAAAGUAGAAUAUACAGCAUACAACAUAUUACAGACAUCUUUAUAUCUGUUAACUAAUACGGGUCAAUUAAUCAUAAUGGAUAUUGAAUCAGGCCAGUUCUUAAAGACGAUAGACAUUGGUUCAAGUGUAGACAUUAAUGUCUUGGGCUUGAAAGAUGUUGUUAUUACCAAAAGAUUUGGUUUAUUAAAAAUAAAGCAUCAAUAAUUAGUUGAUGAAUGUACAUCAUGACUUUUUUGGUUAUGGGUGUACAGACAUGAACAUACAUACUAUAAAAAUCAUCUGCUGCAACUGCCAAUCAAUGACAUACGUUAUCCAUCUGGUCUAUGUUUGUCCUUUUUAAAGAACUCUUAUUUUAAAACGUCAAUCUAUGUAGCCUUCAAAAACUUGCC